AUGAGUGAGAUAGCGUUGGUUACUUCAUUCCAUCAUCCUACUAUAAUACCAUCAUCAUCCCAACAUCAUCCUAUCAUCAUCCCAACAUCAUCCUACCAUCAUCCUACCAUCAUCCCAACAUCAUCUUACCAUCAUCCUACCAUCAUCCCAACAUCAUCCCACCAUCAUCCUAUCAUCAUCCUACCAUCAUCCUACCAUCAUCCUAUCAUCAUCCUAUCAUCAUCCUAUCAUCAUCCUAUCAUCAUCCUACCAUCAUCCUAUCAUCAUCCUAUCAUCAUCCUACCAUCAUCCCAACAUCAUCCUAUCAUCAUCCCAACAUCAUCCUACCAUCAUCCUACCAUCAUCCCAACAUCAUCUUACCAUCAUCCUACCAUCAUCCCAACAUCAUCCCACCAUCAUCCUAUCAUCAUCCUACCAUCAUCUUACCAUCAUCCUACCAUCAUCCCAACAUCAUCCCACCAUCAUCCUAUCAUCAUCCUACCAUCAUCCUACCAUCAUCCUAUCAUCAUCCUAUCAUCAUCCCAACAUCAUCCUACCAUCAUCCUACCAUCAUCCUACCACCAUCCUAUCAUCAUCCUAUCAUCAUCCCAACAUCAUCCUACCAUCAUCCUACCAUCAUCCCAACAUCAUCCCACCAUCAUCCCACCAUCAUCUUACAUCAUCCUACCAUCAUCCCAACAUCAUCCCACCAUCAUCCUAUCAUCAUCCCAACAUCAUCCUAUCAUCAUCCCAACAUCAUCCUACCAUCAUCCCACCAUCUUCCUACCAUCAUCCUACCAUCAUCCUACAUCAUCCCAACAUCAUCCUACCAUCAUCCUACCAUCAUCCUACCAUCAUCCCAACAUCAUCCUACCAUCAUCCUACCAUCAUCCCAACAUCAUCCUACCAUCAUCCUACCAUCAUCCUAACAUCAUCCCAACAUCAUCCCACCAUCAUCCUACCAUCAUCCCAACAUCAUCCCACCAUCAUCCUAUCAUCAUCCUACCAUCAUCCUAUCAUCAUCCCAACAUCAUCCUAUCAUCAUCCCAACAUCAUCCUACCAUCAUCCCAACAUCAUCCCAACAUCAUCCUACCAUCAUCCUACCAUCAUCCUACCAUCAUCCCAACAUCAUCCCACCAUCAUCCUAUCAUCAUCCUACCAUCAUCCCACCAUCAUCCUAUCAUCAUCCUAUCAUCAUCCUACCAUCAUCCCAACAUCAUCCUACCAUCAUCCUACCAUCAUCCCAUCAUCAUCCCAACAUCUUCCUACCAUCAUCCUAUCAUCAUCCUAUCAUCAUCCCAACAUCAUCCUACCAUCAUCCUAUCAUCAUCCCAUCAUCAUCCCACCAUCAUCCUACCAUCACCCUACCAUCAUCCCAUCAUCAUCCCACCAUCAUCCUACCAUCAUCCUACCAUCAUCCUACCAUCAUCCUAUCAUCAUCUUAUCAUCAUCCUAUCAUCAUCCCAACAUCAUCCUAUCAUCAUCCUACCAUCAUCCCAUCAUCAUCCCACCAUCAUCCCACCAUCAUCCUACCAUCAUCCUACCAUCAUCCCAUCAUCAUCCCACCAUCAUCCUACCAUCAUCCUACCAUCAUCCUACCAUCAUCCUACCAUCAUCCUACCAUCAUCCUAUCAUCAUCCCAACAUCAUCCUACCAUCAUCCUACCAUCAUCCUACCAUCAUCCUACCAUCAUCCUGCCAUCAUCCUGUCUUCAUCCUGCCAUCCUCCUGUUACAUGGCAGUGUAAUUUUUAGUUAG